GGGAUUUUUACCCGAACCCCCCUCCUUCCAUCUCUCUCUUCCUCUUUCUCUGUGUCUGCUUGAUAGCUACCGUCCGAUUCUCCCUCUCUGGUGGGCCAUAAAUGGAGGGCGUAGGGGCCCGACUGGGCCGGUCUUCGACCCGGUACGGCCCGGCGACUGUCUUCAGCGGCCCCGUCCGGAAAUGGAAGAAGACGUGGGUACACGUGUCAUCAUCCCAUGCCUCCUCCAACCACUCCAACGCCACCGCCAACGGCCACAACGCUUCCCACCUCCUCCUCUACAAGUGGACCCCAAUCUCUCAAAGCAACAACAACAACAACACCACCACCACCACCAGCAGUAGCGCCAAAGAUGAUGAUGCCGCCGCCACUGCAACGGAAGAGCCGCCACGUCGCAAGUUCCGGUACGUCCCGGUUUCUGUAGUAGAAGAACAACAAUUAGAAGCUGCUUCAAAGGAUGAUGAUGAGACUAAAGGCGAUACUUCUAUGAUUGAUCCAACCCAAAUGGCAUCCAAGAGUGACGAUGGUGCUGAUGGAAAACCUGAUGUUAAUGACGCGCCAAUGGAAGAAGUUCAGGCUUUGGACAAGGAUCGGGAUGCAUCACAAGGGCCAAGUGAAACCAAUUUGGAUCUGAACCUGGCUUGAAAAAUAAACCCAUGACAGAGACCACGGUACCAAUCUGAGCAAAUGUUAGAUCAAAAGACUGUUGGCUGGAGAAUGAAAGAUGAAAUAGCCAGUUGGGGUUAUGUAAGAAGAAGCCGGCGGUUAGAAACAGAAGGAAAGCAAAUCUAUAACAUCUGACCUUUCAAUGAGUGUAAGUUAGUUCUCGUUUUCGUUUCCAUUUUCUUCUCGCAACAGACCUUCAUGUUGUCUAUUGAUGUACUCUUCAUCUUGACUCAUUGAUUGUUUGUCUAAUUACACAUUGUAUGGAUUCUAUGCACAAAGAUGCAGCCAUUGUUGGGCACUGCCUUCUCUUUUUUACUGCAAUGAGGUGAUUUUUAAAGGGAGGCCA